CAUACCCUCUCACAGACACCCGUGUGCACACCCACCUUUGUGCACACAUACCUAUGACAGACACUUCACUGUCACAGAUACUCGUGUACACACAUACUUCACCAUCACAGACACACCUGCACAGACACACACCCUGUCACACCCACAGGUACAGACAUACCCACCCACCGCACACCCCACCGUCACAUAUGCACACCCCCAUCACAAACACACACAGCCCACCGUCAUAGGCAUAGGUGCCAACUUUCCCCAUCGCCGGCGGGUGCUUGUGUCCCCCCCGCCCCUGGUCCCACCCCGACUCCACCCUUUCCCUGCCCCGCCCCCAUUCCAACCCCUUCCCCAAAGUCCCUGCCCCAACUCCGCCCCCUCCCUUCCCCAAAUCCCCUCCCCGGCCCCACCUCUUCCCCCGAGCGCCGUGUUCCCCCUCCUAGCACUUGCCGCGUGAAACAGCUGGGAGCCAGGGGGAAAAAGCGGGCACACGGCACGCUCAGGGGAGGAGGCGGAGGUGAGCUGGGCCGUGGGGGUGGGGUGGGGGGCUGCCGGUGGGCGCUCAGCACCCACCAAUGUUUCCCCGUGGGUGCUCCAGCCCCGGAGCACCCACAGAGUCGGCGCCUAUGGUCAGAGGCUCAGUCACACACAGCCCCCCACAGUCACGCACACACUUGCCCACACGUGCCACACACCACAAUCGUGCACACGCCACACCCUGUCACACACAACACAUCACAAUCAUGCAUGCCACCAUCACAGCUGCACACCAUAUUCACACCCAAUGCCCACUCCUCACGUACAGUACCACCCCCAGGCAUACCCCCUUCCUCAUACCACCCGGCCACCUAGAGUCUCACAUCAUGUUCACACACCACCCCCCUCACAUCUCAUGUGGACAACCCCACCACAAUCACAGACCACAUUCACACCCCCACCACAACGUCACACCCACAGCAGCAGGAAGCUCAUCUCGGAAGCAUUUUGCAAAGAAUCCGGUUACUUAAUAAUGGGAAUUUCCCAGCCCUGGGGCUGUUUCCCGUCAGCCUCCCCCUCAGCCUCCCCCCCCCCCCCCCCCCGGUGGAGACAGGAUGGGGUUUCCCGCUCCCCGGCCCGGCCUGCGGGCAAAUCAGCCAAAAAUAAUUUGUGCCGAAUUGGGGGAGGGGGUGAAAAAGUCAGCCAAACGCAGGUUGGAUGUGUCAGGCUGAGUGGGGGGGCAUGCGUGGGAGUGAGCAGAGGCGUGCAGGGUGUCGGUGCAAGUGUGUAAGGCCCGCAGCGUGUGGGUGUGAAUGAAGGCGUAUUGUGUGUGUAUGAGUGAGGGUAUGCAGGAACAAAGGGUGUGACUGUGUUGAUCUGCAGGGUGUGUGUGUGUGUGUGUGUGUGUACCUUUGUGUGUUUGGGUUAGUGUGUGUGUUUUUAAUGGUAUGAGGGUGUCUGUUUACAUGGCUGUCAGUGUGUGUGCAGUGCAUCAGUGUGCAUUUGUGUCUGUGUCUCGUGUGUGUACGUGAAUGAGCAGUAGGUGGGGUGUGUGUGUGUGUGUGUGGCAGGGGGUGACAGUGCCUGUGCAUAGGGACCAGAUAACACCCUGCAGGUGGCAGACAGCGGCUGGGCCGUAUGUACGGUGUAACGCCCGGCCUGUCGGGGGGGCUUUCACCCCAAAGAGAGAGGAGCCGCCCACUCCAGGAACAGCAGGGUCACUAGAUGCCCAGGGACAGUCCUGGUGCCUCUCGGCCAUGGGGCCAGCAGCCUUGCCCCGGACACAGGGAGCCACGAGUGACGACUUGCUGGGACCCCCGGCAGCCCCCCAGGGCUGGUCUUAUUGGGGAUCAGCCCCCACCCCGCCACGGCAAAUCGUCUGCUCAGGGUUAGGGUGUUCUCCGCCCCCCCCCGGGAACCUCCUCCCUGGCUAGGGGGUGGGAUUAGGGUGUUCUCACUUCCCCCUCUCCCCCCCGAGCCUCCUCCCUUGCUGGGGGAGACGGGGCAGAUGGACCAGCCCAGCCCAGUCUGUCUGUGCCUGGACUCUCCCCAGAGACGCUGCAGGAUCCUCGUUCCCAUGGACAGGCCUCGCUGGACCCUGGCCGUGAACGCCUCGGCGCUGCCCCCCAACGAGACGGGCUGCGGGGAACGGGCCGACUUCCAGUACGUGCUGUUCCCCGUGGUUUACAGCCUGGUCUUCGUGCUUGGCCUGGUCGGGAACCUCUCCGUGCUCUGGUACUUCCUGCGCACCCGGACGGCCACCGCCCCGGCCAACAUCUUCCUGGCGAACCUGGCGUCCCUCGACCUGAUCUUCGUGCUGACCCUGCCCUUCCGGGUGGCCUACCACGCCCUGCGCAACGACUGGGUGUUCGGGGAGGCCAUGUGCAAGAUCACUGGCUCCCUCUUCUAUGCCAACCUGUACGGCAGCUCCCUCUUCCUCACCUGCAUCUGCCUGGAGCGCUACGUGGCCGUGGUGCACCCGCUGCGCUCGCUCCGUCUGCGCCGGCCCCUCUACCGCGUGGCCAGCUGCCUGGCCGUCUGGGCCCUGCUGGCCGUGGCCGUGCUGUACCUGACGCUGCGGGGCCCCCUGACCCGCCCCUUCCCCGACGGGCGCCUGGCCUGCCUGGAGAACUUCUCCAGCGACUCCUGGAAGGGCCGGAUCUCAGGUGUCAGCCUCUUCGCCACCGCUGUUGGCUUCCUGGUGCCGCUGGUGCUCAUCGGCGUCUGCUACCCGCUCAUCGCCCGCCGGCUGCUGGAGACGCCGGGGAUGGCGCCCGGCUCACGGGCUGCCCGGCGCAAGGCGCUGCGCACGGUGCUGGUCGUGCUGGUCGUGUUCCUGCUCUGCUUUGCCCCCUACCAUGUCACCCAGGUGGUGCACACCCUGUGGCGCCUGGGGGCGCUGGAGGGCUGCCCGCUCCUCCGCGGCACCUACGCCGCCCGGCGCGUCACCAUGGCCCUGACCAGCCUCAACGCCUGCCUGGACCCGCUGGUCUAUUACUGCGCGGCUGAGCGCUUCGCCUGGAGCCCGCCCUGCAGUGGCCGGUGCUGCUGGGGGCGGCCGGCUGCCUCCGGGGACCCCCAGGGCUCGGGGCUGCAGGCGCUGGACAAUGGGGUCUUUCGGGGGGCCCAGGCCGAGACAGUCACCUCGUCCCACGGCGCCCACGGAGGGGCCUGAAGGGUCCCCCCGCACUUGGCUCACGGGGACACACCAAUGGACUCCCCCCGCUUGCUGUGCUGUGGACUCUGGGGCCCUGCGUCCCAGCUCUCAGUAUUCCCGCCCCCGGAGCCAGGCUGUUGGGGUCUCAUCUGCUGGAGAAGGGAGGGCUGGUGGACAGUGUUACAUGGGUGUGUAGUAUUACGUGUGCGCACAGUCAUAUGUGUGUGUGAGCGCACAGGCGUGCCAAAGACUGAGGGGUCGGCGUCUCUCCCUUGUUCACGCUGCCGUUUGUCAGGACCAUCGGAUCUCACCGAAUUGAACGGACGUUGUGUGGCGUGGCCGUGGGCGUGCGUGCGAGGGAGUCCGUGGGUGUGACUGAGUGUUCGCGCCAGGAUGUGAGUCUGUGUGCGUGUGACAGGAGCGUGUGUGUGUGUUUUAUCCUUGUGUACGGCCUAGCGUGCAUCUCCUGGUCUGUGCCACUGUAUGGGGCUGUCCUGUGGGGAAGGAUGAGACUUGGGAGGGUUAGGUGUGUGUGUGUGUCUGUGUGUGAAACAGAGAGAAACCCUGGGCAGGGGACACUGGGGGACGCUGGCGUUUGUGUGUCUUGGGGUGGAGGGAGGCGGCUGUGUAUGUCUGGGGCAGUUGCAGCUAGUUGUGUGUGUGCACGACGCUGUGCGGGUGCUGGCUUGUGUGUGUGUGACGCUGUGCGGGGUGCUGGUGUGUGUGUGAGAGAGAGAGGCUGUGCGGGUGCUGGGGUGUGUGUGAGAGAGAGAUGCUGUGCGGGUGCUGGGUUGUGUGUGUGUGACGCUGUGCGGGGUGCUGGUGUGUGUGUGAGAGAGAGAUGCUGUGCGGGUGCUGGGGUGUGUGUGAGAGAGAGACGCUGUGCGGGUGCUGAUGUGUGUGUGUGUGACGCUGUGCGGGGUGCUGGUGUGUGUGUGAGAGAGAGAUGCUGUGCGGGUGCUGGGGUGUGUGUGAGAGAGAGAUGCUGUACGGGUGCUGGUGUGUGUGUGUGUGACGCUGUGCGGGGUGCUGGUGUGUGUGUGAGAGAGAGAUGCUGUGCGGGUGCUGGGGUGUGUGUGAGAGAGAGAGACGCUGUGCGGGUGCUGGUGUGUGUGUGUGUGACGCUGUGCGGGUGCAUGGGUGUGUGUGUGAGAGAGACGCUAUGCGGGUGCUGGGGUGUGUGUGUGUGAUGCUGUCCAGGGUGCUGGUGUGUGUGUGUGUGUGUGAGAGAGAGAUGCUGUGCGGGGUGCUGGGGUGUGUGUGUGUGUGAGAGAGACGCUGUGCGAUGUGUGUCUCUGAACGGCUGGCAGGGGACGCUGUAACCUCCCCUGUUGUGUGUUUGGGUCCCUGCUCCCCCCCGACCCCCGGUCCCGGCUCCUUUUUGUAUAUUUUGCACUUUGCCAAGUAAAAGCGACAUUUCCAUCCUG